AGAAGUGAUUUUCGAUUAUCGAGAGCAAUAACGAUUCAGUCAUAUCAUUAAAUUAUGUUGGUGGAAUAAUAAAUUCGUCGAAGGUUUAAACGUCUGAAUAUAUUACACUGAUACGCAUAUCCGCUUACAGGGAAAAAAAAUAAAACGCUUGUGUUUAAUUUACGAUGAAAAAUAAAUAAAAACACAUGGUAUAGACCGAUCGUUUCCAAGAGUACCUACGGUCUUCAUCAACAAUCGUUGUUUGAUUACCUAUUUAUAUGUAAUUCAACUUGUUUUUUUAAUUUUUUUUUUAGAAUACAAUUCGCACGAGUACUACAACGAACGAUCAAAACAGCAACAUGACCGACGACGAUAGCCACGCACGAGAUUGUAUUUUAGACGGAAACGUGCGGGAUACGAUUCCGCCGGACAUGAUCAAUAGACUGAGCUACUGUUUGCAUCCCGACGGUUACAUUAACCCCUACGAAACACCGGUCGCCUUAACCGAGUACCAGCUGAAGUAUUGCACGUUCAAGUUGGAAAACGAAAAUCAAUUAGACGACGUAUCGCGUGCAGAACGGAACCGCGUGGUCGCCCUAAUGGAAAACCUGUCGACAGUCCAGCAGCGGUCGUACACCAACCCGUAUGAUUCCCAUUACCCUGUCAUCGGUUCAACCGCGAUAAAACCAGCGCUGGAUCGGAGCAAGGAGGCUGAGAUGAGAAAUUUCAAGAUGAACGGCCAGAGCGAAUAUCAGGCUUGGUACGGGUACAAUAGGUGAUCGCGUGACAUCAAGAUGUACACUUUAAAAUUAUAAUAGAUACAAUUAUUAUUGUGAUAUGUAAAAUAUUUUUAAAGUGUACAUCUGACCUAUCGCACCGCAUAAAUCACGGUCUAUUGUCGCGUUGUUAAAAUAUUUUGCCGAUUAUAUAAUAAACUUAUAUUGACUAUAGACAAAAUUAUUUUUAUUAAUCAAAAAUC